UAGGGUUUUUUUUAAUUUGGAGAUCCCUAUCCUCGAGUUGUAGUUUGAAUUUUUACCACAGGGAUACCAACUAAGAAAAGAGCAAAAUGGCAACUCUCGGAUCGAAGUUUAUACUACUUUUCUUUCUGUACUUUGCUCAAGGACUUCCGUACGGCAUUCAAACGAAGCUCAUUCCAAUAUUACUACGAUCUAAUGCAGUUUCGUUGACAAAGGUGGGAUUUUCUCGYAUUCUUAGUUUGCCRUGGCUUUUCAAAGUGUUCAUAGCCAACUUCUUGAAUCGAUUUUCAACAAUUUGGUUGUGGCUUGCCCUGUCAUUCAGCGGCAUGGCGCUUUGUUGUGGUUUGCCUGGUUUAUUGGGAACAAAUAUAACGUUUGUGCUGCUUUGUGGCGUGUUUGGUUUGAAUGUAAUGGCGGCUAGUCAAGAUAUCGCUGUAGAUACACUAGCACUCAGAAUUCUCGAUUCAUCUGAUUUAGGUAAAGGAAACAUUGCACAAGUUGUUGGCUACAAGACUGGAGCUUUGAUAGGGGGUGGUUUCCUUGUAUGGCUGUCUGGAUAUACUAGCUGGGAUACUGUUUUUCUUGUUUUAUCAAUCUUUUACAUCAUUUGCACUGUCUAUGCUUAUACUAAGCACUGGAAAUACAUACAACAUUCUGAUAUUAUUAAAAAGGACUUGCUUAAAAAGAACUCUCCAAAUGAUUAUAAUGGUGUCUUCAUGUCUGUCAAGAAUAGUCAAGACUUUGGUUGGAUAGUAUGUUUUGUAUUUAUUUACAAACUUGGUGAACAAGGAAUGACUAGCAUGAUACCUUUGUACAUGCUAGACAGUGGUUUCUCUGUGAGUAAUGUUGGUUUAAUAGCAGGAGUAAUCACACAUGUUUUCUCAAUAAUUGGGUCUAUUAUUGGUGGAUGGAUGGCAAGUCUGUAUUGUGAACAACGAAAUGAUCUCAUACACUUGUUAAAAUGGCUUUCUAUUGGACGAUUAAUCCCUAUGGCAACACACUGUCUCAAUAUCUCCACUACUGUUCCCAUGGUAGCYAUUAUACUAGUUUCUGAGUGCAUUUUGCAACUCUUUGCUGGAAUUAUAACUACAGUAACAUUCACACUGAUGAUGCAGAUUUCUAAGAGUGUGCCAACUGGUGUCCAGGCUACUCACUUUUCAAUUUUAGCAACUUUUGAGGUAYUGGGUAAGCUAACUAUGACAUCUGUUGGUGGAAAUUURGUGGAAGUAUUUGGGUAUUUGAAUUACUUCUUAAUGUGUUUAGCUCUCUCUGUUGCUGUUUUUCCUGUUUUGAGUUGUUAUCAUUUUGCACAUAGUCACAUGGAUUAGUGGGUUUUUCGUUUCUUAUUCAUUAUGAGAAAUAGCUCAAUUUAAAAAUAUUAUUAAUUAAAAAAUAAAUAAAAAAAAGCUCAAUUACUGAUUUCUCAAUGUUUGUACAUAGUAUGUUUUUGUGUCAGAUACUUGGGUUUCUGGUAUCAUUUGUAUAGAACUUUCAAAUAUUUUCUUGUCAGGCUGGUAACUGUGAUUUUUUAGCUAUUACCAUCUGCUUUGCAUACAGCUCAGUACUGCAAAAAUGUUAUACUUCUUAAAAACGAAAAAGACAUUAUCUAAAAGAAGAAAUUGUUAUUAGGAAUUUAAAAAGCUAAUAAUUUCUAAUAGUCAUUGA